AUGGAAUAUACAUGAGAGGAAGGAAGGAACAAAUGAGCAACAAAGAGCAGGCAUGUCAUCUUAAAGCACGUUUGGCCUCCAUCAGUCACUGCAAGGCCUUACAAAGCCCAGAUUAUUCUUGAACUGCUUUUUUAAUGAAUGUUGGACCGAUCAGACUUGAAGGAUAAAGAAGCUGUACUGAGUCAUCCUUCAAAGGGUGCUACUAAAAGAGGGAGAGCAAAUAAAUACAAGGAUUCCGGUUUCUGUGAUAGGAAAUGGAUGUCCCUCAGGAGGCAGGGGUUACUAUUUUUCUGCUUCCAGAAAUAAAAAUGGAAGAGCAGGAUUCAGUCGGCCUUGAGGCAGAAGAUGAGAAUGAAAGGGAAGAGCUUCAGGGAAGGAGGGAAGAAGAUCCUCAAAGGGUAAAACAGGAACCGGUAGAAGAGCCGUCAAAGAACUGGGAUGCACGGUUGGAAGAGUUUCUUAGGACACUGCAGCCAGUUUGUUCAGAAGGGGAAACCCCACAAACCCCUGACGUGGAACAACAGAAGGAUCCUAAAACCUUGGCAGUACCUUCCCAGGAAGAGACAGAGCCCAACAAGCAGGCCAGCAGGUUGUGUGUUUCCCCAAAGACUCAGCCACACCUCAUCGGGGGAACCCAGUUGGCAUACGGGGCCCAUCUAGAUGCCAAAAGCUAUGGGAAGAAAAGGGAGAAAGCCCUAGCUGGAGAUGCUGCCAGGUUGGAGAUGCGGCGCCAGCGUUUUCGGACCUUGCGUUACCAAGACGCUGAUGGGCCUCGUGAGCUUUGCCAGCAGCUCCAGCAGCAGUGCCAGAAGUGGCUAAAUCCGGACAGAAACACCAAGGCGCGGAUGCUGGAGCUGGUGACCCUGGAGCAGUUUCUGGCUGUGGUCCCAGCGGAGAUGCUGAGCUGCCUGUGGGAAAAUGGCCCCGUGACGUGUGCCAAGGCUGUGACCCUGGCAGAAGAUUUCCUCCGGAGCCAGCAAAGGGACAGCAGAGACCUGGAAGAGCAGGAAAUGCAGGACCUCUCAGACACAGAGGAGAUGCAUGAAACCAAAAAGGAAGAUAAAGCCAGUGCAAACCUAUUGGCAAGCGGUAAGUGGCUGAAAGACAGCAAGAAAGAAAAUCUGUUACUGGAGAAACCUGAGAAGAAGUCAGCAUUCCUGAAAACAGAGAAUGAGAACAAUUUUCUGUCUCAGGGAGAACCUGAGAAGGGUCAACAGAAGACAGACCAGCAGAAUGGGAAUGCCACAGAGGAGAAAAGGGAUUUGUUUGUUGAUUCAUACAGUGAUAGUAAAGGUGGUGAUGAGUCCAUUAUCCAACAGGAUGUCAAUUUGAAAUAUGAUAGGUGCAAAAAAGGCACGCAUGAGCGCUCUCCUGAAUUAGAGAAGGCGUACAAGUGUUGGCACUGUGGCCAGAGCUUCAGCAGCAGCUCAGAUCUUCUGUCUCAUGAGCGAAACCACGUGGGCGAACAGCUGUAUAAAUGCUCCCACUGUGGAGGAAGUCAGAGGAUCCACAUGGGACGGAGGCCUCGCAAAUGUUCUCACUGUGGGAACACCUUUGGCUGCAACCCUCAAGAGGAAACAACCGGAGGGAAGAAAUUCCAUACAUGUGGAGAAUGCGGGGAAAAGUACAUGCACAGAUCGGGUUUGCUUAAACACCAGGGAGUCCACCGGGGAGAGAAACCUUACAAAUGCUUGAAGUGCGGGGAAAACUUUGGAAACUACUCGAAUUUCCGAACUCACUGCCAGACUCACACGGGAGAGAAGCAGUAUAAAUGCUUGCAGUGCGAAGUGUGUUUCAGCAGUAUUGCGCGUUUGAGAGCCCAUGAGCGAAUCCAUGUGGUGGUGUGCUCCUGCUGCGGGAAAAGCUUCAGCAAAAAGUCUGAACUUAUUGAGCACGAGAGAAGCCACGCCAGGGAGGAUGCCAUUGUGUGCUUCGACUGCGGGAAGGCCUUCAAGUUCAACUCGGAACUGAUGGCUCAUGUGCGGACCCACAAGGAUAAGAAACUGGAGUGCCCUGACACCAAGAAAAUUCUCAUUUGCUCAGAAUGUGGAGAUACCUUUAAGCAUGCCUCAGCCUUCAAGACACACCAGAGAGUCCAUAGAGGGGAGCACAGGAAGGAUCAGCAAGACCAGGAGGAGUGUGUUGAGGGGCCAAGCGAGAUUAAGAUGGAGACAGAAGAAGAGGACCAGCAGACAGAGGAACCAAGGAAGAGACGGCGGCUCACUGGGGAGAUAAGAAGCAGGGCUGCUGCAGUUUCUGAGCCCGAGGAUGUAAUGAUGGAGGACUACACCAGUGAGACCGAGGUGACUGAUGAGCAGCCACAGCCACAAUGUGAUCAGGACUCCCUCGAGAAGGAUUCAGAGAAGCAGCUGAUGAAGGCAGCAGCGCCUCAACAGCAAGUGCCCCAAAAAGCUAUACCAUUUGUGAGCCAGAAGGGGAGAAACUUGGUCGUGCAGUGCAAAUACUGUUUACCGCUGAUCAGGAGGAUUUGCUCAGGACUCAGUGAUGCAUCCAGUAUGAAGCAGCACUUGAAGAAGGCUCAUCCUUAUAAGCUGAAUGCCAUUCUCGAAAUCACAGGAGAUAGAAGGCCUGUCCCUUCAGAAGAACCCGUGCAUUUUGAUCGGGAAGGGGACAAUAUUGCUGAUGUUUAUGGUCCCCCUGCUGUGAGGAUCAGGAGAUCUGGCAAGCAGAAUGUCACCCAAAAAAUUCUCGAUAGGACCCUCAUGGAUUACAUUACGGAGGAGCUUGUUCCACUUCAGACUGUGGACAAACCUACUUUCCUUGCACUGGUUCGACUGGGUCUUCCAAAGGACCUCACCGUCAUGUCUGCCAAGACCUUGAGAGACAGAAUUGAAAAGAGGGUGGCCGGCUUACAAGAAAGCCUUGUAAGCCGGAUGAGUUCCAUGUCCCAUGUUGCGACUGUUGCCAAUUGCCAGACUGAUGGCAAGAGGACCUUCUUAGGGGUCACGGCCCACUGGAUCAGCCCCAUUACGCUGAAGCGGGAGUUUGGGGCUUUGACGUACAAGCGCUUGAAAGGACCCCUCACUUACAGCGUCCUCACCAAAGCCCUGCAUGACGUCCACACACAAUAUGGGAUUCGUGACAAAGUUGUAUGUUUGACCACAGACAAUGGUUCCAACUUUAUGGAAGCAUUCCAAGGUUUUGGGGCCAAAGAACCUGUAGACUCCAGUUCAGAGGAGGAGGAGGAUGAGUAUGAUGUCAACCAAGACGAGCCUGGAAUGGAGUUUCUCCCUCUUUCUGAUAUCCUGGAUACAGGCAACCUGUCAAAUGAAUAUGCUCCAGAGUCAGAUCUCAGUUUGCCACCACACCACAGAUGUGCCAGCUACACUCUUAACCUGGUAGCAACUCAUGACGUUGCAGCCAUGAUAGCUGGCUCCACCCAAGAUGGCCCCUUUGGUCCUUUCCAGAAACACUUUUGUGCCUUGGUGAGAAAGUGCCGAAAGCUGUGGUCGAAGCAGAACAACUCAGUGCUAGUUGCGGAGUACAUUUAUGAACAAUGUGGUACGUAUUUGACAGUCCCAAACUGGAAACAGUGGAAUUCAGUCUUUGAUGCACUGAAGCAAUUGAACAGGCUCCUGUCUACUGUGCCGCUAAAAGUGGAUGCCGUAAUGGACAUGUGUUUUUUGGCUAGGGUCACUGCUGAUGAGCGCCUAGUGUUGCAGGAGUACACUGAGAUCAUGGGGCCACUUGCGUUGUCCCUUGAUAUCCUGCAGCGGGAGAAUGGCAUGUUCAUGGGGUACCUGCUGCCAACUCUAUACAGCCUGGAGCGCAAGUUGCAAGAGCUGGAAAACAAGCCUGUACCAUAUGUGUACUGUCUUCCACUCUUGAGAGGCCUCCGGGAAGCCCUAAGGAAGCGGUUUGCAGGCAUUUGGGAGGACAACGAGCUUCUUCUGGCAGCCUGCUUACACCCCCGAUUCAAAACAGACUGGCUGGAUUCAGCUCAGACUACUCAGAUCAACAGAUCUACCAUGGAAGCCUUGUUGAAAGCGGAACUCAAGGAUGCCGCCGCUGAAGAAUCCUCAGAGAAAGACCAGGAAGGCGACAAUGGUUUGCUUGACUUUUUCGACAUUCAGCCCCAGCAAGGGAGAUCAGUAACGGACCCAGUUGAGGAAGAAAUCUCAAAGUACCUGAAGACUCCCAGUCGGGAGCUGUCGUCCCUGCUGGCCUUUCCAAUUAUAUGGCGGAGUUUUUUAAAGUUCAACACAGGCGUGCCUUCGAAUGCUGCGGCGGAAAAACUCACCUGUAGGGACGGGAAUGUCGUGGCUGCCAAAAGGCAUUCCUUGCCAGACGAUAUUUUUGAGGACUUGGUUCUUCUGAAGCAGAACAGGGCUUUAUUAACAUUUCAAGCUGCAAAACACAGUUCGGUUUAAGAGCGGCAAAGUGGGCAAAAUUGUAGGAUUGGUAACAGUUUGGCACUCAUUGCACUGGCUCAUAGGAGUUGUAGUUUUACAAGGUCUUUGGCCUUCUCUGCCAAGGAGUUCUGGUGCCUUGGCGAAUUACAACGCUUGGGAUUCCUUAGCACUGAGCCAUGGCUGUUAAAGUGGUGUCAAACUGGAUUAAUUCUACAGUGUAGUGCAGGCAUGGGCAAACUUAGGCCUUCGAGGUGUUUUGGACUCCAACUCCCACAAUUCCUAACAGCCUCAGG